AUGAGAAGAUUGUGAUCAUCCUGCUACAGUUACUCCUUUUUAAAGUGCUAUUAGCUUAAAAAGGAUUUUCCCCCCAACAAUCAUGUAAGGAGUAUAAAUAGUUGUGAAAAGAGGGCUAACUACUUCAGAGCAAAAUGAAGUUCCUGCUGUUGCUUUCAGUCCUUGGGGUCUGCUGGGCACAGUAUGAUCCCCAUACCAAGUACGGCCGAACAUCGAUUGUCCACUUAUUUGAAUGGCGCUGGGAUGACAUUGCUCUCGAAUGUGAGCGUUACCUAGCUCCCAAUGGCUAUGGUGGUGUCCAGGUCUCACCUCCAAAUGAGAAUGCAGUGAUCAACAACCCUUCAAGACCUUGGUGGGAAAGAUACCAGCCAAUUAGCUACAAGCUAUGCACACGGUCUGGAAGUGAAGAUGAUUUCAUAGACAUGGUCCAGAGAUGCAAUAAUGUUGGAGUCAACAUUUACGUGGAUGCUGUAGUGAACCAUAUGUGUGGGAGUGGUUUGAGUGCUGGAACAAGUAGCACCUGUGGUAGUUACUACAAUCCUGGAACAAGAGAAUUUUCUGGUGUUCCAUAUUCUGCCUGGGAUUUUAAUGAUGGUAAAUGUCAGACCAGCAGUGGGGAGAUUGAAAGCUACUAUGAUAUUUAUCAGGUUAGAGAUUGCCGUUUGUCCGGGCUACUUGAUCUCGCCCAGGAGAAUGAUUAUGUGCGUCAAAUGAUUGCCGCAUAUUUGAACCACCUGAUUGGCAUAGGUGUGGCAGGAUUCAGAAUUGAUGCUUCCAAACAUAUGUGGCCUGGAGACAUCAAGGCAAUUCUGGAUCAACUGAACGAUUUAAACACAAACUGGUUCCCUUCAGGAUCCAGACCAUUCAUCUACCAGGAGGUAAUUGAUCUAGGUAACGAGCCAAUUACAAGCAGUGAAUACUUUGACAAUGGUCGGGUUACGGAAUUCAAAUAUGGUGCAAAACUAGGCACGGUUAUUCGCAAGUGGGAUGGAGAAAUGAUGACUUAUUUAAGUAACUGGGGAGAAGGUUGGUCCUUCGUCCGUUCAGACAGGGCACUUGUCUUUGUGGAUAAUCAUGACAACCAGAGGGGCCAUGGAGCUGGAGGAGCUUCCAUUCUCACCUUCUGGGACUCCAGAAUGUACAAAAUGGCAGUUGGAUUUAUGCUUGCUCAUCCUUAUGGAUUUACACGAGUGAUGUCAAGCUACAGGUGGUCAAGAAACAUUCAGAAUGGAGAGGAUACUAAUGACUGGAUCGGACCACCCAAUGACAAUGGAGUGAUUAAAAGAGUAACUAUCAAUGAAGACACUACCUGUGGCAACGACUGGGUUUGUGAACACCGAUGGCGUCAGAUAAGGAAUAUGGUUAUUUUCCGUAAUGUGGUUAAUGGCGAGGAUUUCACAAAUUGGUGGAGUAAUGGAAGUAACCAGGUGGCUUUUGGCAGGAAUAAAGGAUUCAUUGUAUUUAACAACGAUGACUGGGAAUUGUCAUCGAAUCUGCAGACUGGUCUUCCUGCUGGAACCUACUGCGAUGUCAUUUCUGGAGAUAAAAGUGAUAACAGCUGUACAGGAAUUCAAGUCAACGUUGGCAGUGAUGGUCUUGCUUACUUCAGUAUUAGCAACAGUGCCGAAGACCCAUUUAUUGCCAUCCAUGUGGAUGCUAAAUUAUGAUAAAUGACUGAAUGAAUAGCAUUUCCAGAAACAAUAAGCAAAAUCAAUCUCAAUUCCCUUUUCUGACAUAUGCAAUUGUACUAAAAAUCAAGACAUUCUCUGCUACCUAAUGUCCAAAAAUAGUUUCAAAAUAAAGCUAUCAUGUUGAUAUUUAAAGCACAUGCUAUGUAAUAAUUAGAAUAUUAUGAUUGUAUCCUCUAUUAGAUCUAAUAAAACGUGACAUUGAGAGAAUAGCAAAAA